CAGAGAGCACACACUGCUGCCUGGAUUACAGCAAGUCCUUUACAGAGAGGAUACAGUGCGGGGCACGUUCGGAGCGAACGCUCACACACACGGCGUCUCAGCAUGGGGAGCAGCAUGUCAUGCGUCCCUCAUCACAACUUCAGGUUCUCCAGCAAGAGCUUCAUCCGGCGGAACAGCAGCCGUUUGUUCCGGAAGAAGAACCCGCAGGAGGGCCAAGUGAAGUCCAACAGCAUCAUCAACAUCCUGUGUACUGUCACACCCCGGAAGGAUAUGUCACCAAAGGAUCUCCAAACUAUAGAAAACAUAAAAUGGGAUCCGCCGUUUGCCUAUGACCCCUCAGGAGGCUGGAAGAAGAGCAGCAUCAAUGUGAAGAACUACGGCAGGAUGGUCCACAGCUCAAAAGUGCGCUUCCGGUUCCUGCACUGCCAGGAUGUGCACGACUGCUUUUUGGACCUCUUCCAGACACACCUGCAUUUCGUCUCCAACAACCCAGCUGGGCUGACCUAUCAGGGCACCCUCCCGCUGAAGGAGCUCACUAUUUGCAACCUGCAGGGCAGCGGUGGCGACGGCGGCAACAACACUGAGGACUUUGCAUUUCAAAUAAACGGCAUCGGCCUGAACCCCAUCAUCGUGUACUGCUCCAGCCAGAAGGAGCUGGACACCUGGUUCAGCCUCCUCAAGGAGCACGUCGAAGCCAACGGGGGAACCGUGAUCACGGCCGAGACCAGGACAUACACCAGGCUAAAGCACACAGAGGACAGCAUCAAGGGCAGGGAGGAUCUGAGGAAUUCGGUGAAGAAUGAGCCCAUUUACGAGUGGGAAGGCUCACAGAGGGAGUCCCUGGGCCCCAUCACCUACGUCACCAAAGUGAGGCUGCAGCACCUGCCAUGCCAGGAGCAGCACGACAGGCUGCUGGUGAUGUACCCAGCCACACUCAUUUUCCUCUCCGAGGAAAGAAACGGCCUCUUCUACAAGGGGAAACUUCCUCUCAACACUGUUAGUAUAACGACACCAUGCCAAGAUGUGAAGCCCAACACAUUCGUUAUUGAAGGGAAAAUGAUUAACCCCAUUGUGGUGUCCUGCCUGGACGAGAACGAGUUUCAUGACUGGAUCCGCCAUUUCAAGGCCACACCUGCAACAGUGCAGGUUCCCCCUCCUCCCGUCUAUGACAUCAUCUAUACACCAACAAAGAAAGAGGCUCCGGCGUUUGACAGAUGGAGCGGACUCAGCAGCCAGGGACGGAAGCUCUCCCAAAACGGACGGGCCUCCUACGAGCUCCCGCUCCACAACCACAUGGACAAUAUCCUGUCCCCAGGCUACACCGAACCCCUCUGUUACAUCUCCAGCCGCCCCACCUCCGCCGAGACGCAGCUGUCCGCUCGGCUCAGCAGCAGGAGCAACAGCGUCUCCUCCCGCGUGAGGCCCCCCCCCGAGCCCCGCCCCCCGUCCUCGCUCUGCUACCCGUCCCCCCAGCGCUACUCCUGCAACUCAGCCGACGGGCCGCUGUCGCCCGUCUACAACAUGCCCUACUCCUCGGUGUACCAGGACGCCCCCGUCCAACCAGCGGAGAAGGCCCCCCUCAUCAAGUCCAACAGCUGGAGCACCCCCCAGACGGCCAUGAAACACCAGCUCCCCGUCAGCCAGAGGUACUCGGACAUGUGCGCGCUCCGCAAACCGCUGUCACCCCUCUACGACGACCCCUACACCCCUGGGGGGACCCUGUGGGAGGACAGUUAUGUGCAGCCGGGGCAGGUGUCAGCACAGCACUGGGAGACGCCAACAGGCCCCCAGCUCCUGCCCUCUUCCUUCAGGCUGAGCACCCCUCCCCUGGGUAGGAAGUACAGGAACACCCCCGCUCCAAAGCAGGAAACGGAGAGGACAGAGGCUGUCGCCAAAGUGAACCUGCCCCCUACAGGACACAGCAGCAUCACGCCGCCGAUCCUCUCUUCACAAAGCCAGCGGAUGUCGGCGGAUUAUUCACAAGAACAACUCACGCACCUAAACCCCACGAAGCCGGACGACCAGGCAGUGGACUACGACAACAUCUGGGACGUCCGCUGCGACACGAGCAUGUUGCCGGCCACAUCGGGGUUUUCACCACGCCGGACGCUGGCGAACGCGGGCAGGGGAGACCUUACUCGCGUGUCGGCACAGAAGAGCUGGCUGUAAAGGACAACAGAAACUCGCAGCUGUAGCAUCUGGCGCGGCGCAUCGUUUCCCGCUUAUAAAACUGGAUCACACUGAAGCGAUGUCUUGUUGAACGGUAAAAAGGGUGAUGUCUUGACUCUGGGAUUUGCACGUAGCUUUGCUGUAACUGCUGUAUCUCAGUGUGCCUCUCUCUUAGAUGUGAGAGGAAGAGAGCACACCACAUCUUACUUUGCAAGCCUGACCUCUCACUUUCCCCUCUCCAUGGAGCCACUGCACGCCGAACCAUUUUCCUGGUACUCUGCCGCCCCCACAUGGUGAACGGUAGAAAGUGUCAGCUCCGGGACGCUUUUCAAAGCCAGACCGGAUAAACAUGAUCUGUGCUUGCGGUUUACAUACAAUCAUUCAAACCAAGCACUUAUUUAGAUCUACGGAUAGUAAAUUUAAUAGUACCGCAAUACACAAUAUAGAUCUCUUCACAGUUUACUUCAGUAUAAGCAUGUCAGGUGGAUACAUUUGAAAAUGUGAAUUAUGACUAAAAAUGUAUUUUCAUAAAAAUUGUUGUGAAAGUAGGAUUAGUCCCCUGCCUUGAAGUACAAAAGAGGUAAACUGCAUCCACCCUGUUUCAAAUGAUCUUUUUUGAAAUAUUUUCAUGUGUAGAGAUCACAGGGUUCUCUUCCUUAAAGUGUGCAUUUGCACUGAGGCAACAUGAAGGGCCCUUUAGGACUGGGACACCCCUUUGGUGGUGGCCGCCAUGUCUGUUCCAGGAGGGCUAGGGAGUAUGGAAUACAAAUGUAGCAUAAGAGAUUUCUGAGAGAUUCAGGAGCAGUGCAACAGUAUAUUAAGUCAUGAAGAGUUUGCAGUCAUUACAGGAGAGUAGUCUCUCU